ACAGACGAUUUUUGUAAUUAUUUAUUUGUGCAAAACAUGUAUUCACCCAACAAUACCAUUAUUCAAUUUGAUUAGAGAAGUUCAAAAAAGGAAAGAAAGUAGAGAAGGGAAGGUGGGAGGAGUAGUACCAUUACUGAAUUGCGGUGGGUAGUAGCUUCAGGAAGAAGACUAGAAGAGACUCCCACCUCCGCAGCGGCUUAUCCGCCCCCCAUUUCCCCACCACCCCCGGUGGCGCUGACUAGCUCUUGUGAACGAGGAAAUCCUGCUCGAUUCCUCGUCGAUGAGACUCCAUGUCGAAGAUGAAGCAUUUGCUCCGGAAACUUCACAUCGGCAGCGGCGUGACCGAUCACCACCAUCCCCCGCACCACCGACCGCCGACGCCGCCGAUUGAUCCGCCUCCGAUUGGUGAAUCGGACGCUUCGUUGACCUUGGGGUCUUCCUCUGCGGAAACCACGCCCUCUUCGUCGUCCGCAUUGCCCAGAGGUGGGCCGUCCAAUUCCGGGUCGGAUUCCGCCACCGACUUCAAUUUCUUCGAGGAGGAGUUUCAGGUCCAGCUGGCCUUGGCGAUUAGCGUGUCCGACCCGGAUUCCCGCGAGGAUCCGGAAACCGCUCAGAUCAAGGCUGCCCAACAGAUUAGCUUGGGUUGUUCCCCCUCCGAGACCAGCUCUGAAUUUCUUUCUCGUCGUUACUGGAGCUACAAUGUUGUAAAUUACGAUGAGAAGGUGAUGGAUGGGUUCUAUGAUGUAUAUGGAUUUAACUCAAAUGCAGUGGUUCAAGGGAAGAUGCCACUCUUAGCGGAUCUUGAAGCAAUUUCCGUUUCAGAAGAUUUUAACCAUGAAGCCAUCUUAGUGAACCGGGCUACUGAUGCAGAAUUGCUACAGCUAGAGGAGAGAGUGUCCUUUAUAUGUAGGGAGUGCCAAGCUUCGAAGAAGCAACCCAUUACAAAUAUCUUGGUUCAGAAAAUUGCUGAUCUAGUUGUCGAUAAAAUGGGAGGUUCUGUUAAUGAUACUGAGGAAAUAUCUAGAAGGUGGAUUGCCAGGAGUUUUGAAUUAAGGAUUUCCUUGAACUCUAUUAUACUUCCCCUUGGCUGUCUAAAUGUUGGGCUCUCUCGGCAUAGAGCCUUACUUUUUAAGGUACUUGCAGAUAGAAUCAACCUUCCAUGCAAACUAGUUAAAGGGAGCUACUAUACUGGGACUGAUGACGGAGCUGUUAACUUGAUAAAAUUUGAGAAUGGAAGUGAGUAUAUAAUUGAUCUAAUGGGUGCACCUGGAACACUAAUUCCUGCUGAAGCACCAAAUUCUCAAUUUCAGAGUCAUGCAUUAGAUAUGAAGAGUGUUGCACCGAUUUCUGGAAGUUCUUUUUUGAGUAUUGAUGCAAAAGGAGAUUCAGAAGGUGCUUUGGAUAAAACUCAAAGCAAGCAGGUUAUAGAUGACCGUGGGAAUCAUCCUCUAUUAUCAAGCAGAUUAUAUGAAGAUUCAGCAGUUUGCCCUAAUCCUUCAUCAGUUCAGCAGGGGUUUCAAGCUGACAAUGCUUCUGAGUAUUUCCCCAAUCUAACACAGCGACUUCAAAACAUUUCUCUAGAGGGCAGUGCUCAUAUAUCUUCAAAUGCUGCUGUAGUAGAAGUAGGUGAAUAUCAGUUAUCAGAAAAAUUGGUUGUUGAUACCGGAGUAUUUAAAAAAAGAAGUGAGCAUUCUAUUGUACCCUUCACUGGAGUACACUUUCCAGGAAUUGACACCUUUCAUGGCAAUAUUAAAGCAUCUACUGGUGGCUGGCCCAAGAAGCUUGAAAAUAACCUGUCUAGUGAUGCUUCAGGUGACAAGUUCUAUAUGGAGCUUGGGAAUGUUACUGGCAAUGACUGUAAUGAGAAAGAAUCCUCUAUGAAUGUGACAGAAGCUGCAAGUUACUUCCCAUCUAAGUCAUACACUCUGCUCAAAGAACAAGUUGAUCCCAUGCUGUUUGCUGUGGCAGACUGGGAAAUUCCAUGGGAGCAUCUUCAGAUUGGUGAACGCAUUGGUAUUGGAUCAUAUGGGGAGGUUUAUCGUGCCGAAUGGAAUGGCACAGAAGUUGCUGUGAAAAAAUUCAUGAAUCAGGACAUCACAGCCGAUGCACUAGAACAGUUUAAAUGCGAAGUUGAAAUUAUGUUGAGGUUGAGACAUCCAAAUGUUGUCCUCUUCAUGGGAGCCGUCACUCGCCCCCCAAAUCUAUCCAUACUAACUGAGUUCCUACCAAGAGGGAGCUUAUAUAAGCUAUUGCAUCGCUCUUCACCAAUUGAAAUUGAUGAAAAAAGACGAUUGCGGAUGGCUUUUGAUGUGGCAAAGGGAAUGAACUAUUUGCACACUAGCCAUCCUAUCAUUGUUCAUCGAGAUUUGAAGACUCCAAAUCUUCUUGUUGAUAAAAACUGGGUAGUGAAGGUUUGUGACUUUGGGAUGUCUCGAAUGAAGCACCAUACGUUUCUGUCCUCAAAGUCAACAGCUGGGACGGCAGAGUGGAUGGCACCUGAGGUUUUGAGGAAUGAACCAUCAAACGAAAAAUCUGAUGUGUACAGUUUUGGUGUAAUUUUAUGGGAGCUGGCCACUUUGCAAGUACCGUGGUCAGGGAUGAACUCGAUGCAGGUAGUUGGAGCCGUAGGCUUUCAGGGCAGACGUCUCACAAUUCCUUCCCAUGUUGAUCCAAUGGUGUCAGAGAUUAUUACCAACUGCUGGAACCAAGAUCCACAGGCGCGACCUUCUUUUGCACAGAUCAUAACCCGUCUCAAGUUUCUUCAGCAUCUUAGUCUCAAGAUUUCAUGAAGUCGUACAUAUCGGCAAUGUCAUUUCCACCACAGGCCGAAUGGUAUCUCAAGGUGUUGGGUUCAUUCGAAGUGGGAACUCAACACUGCCCAUUCCAUUGCACUCUUGUGGUAAGGAUUGUUUGUUUGUAUCCUCUAAUGUCAGCGGCUGUGCAAAGUGCAGCCCAAAGCCUGAAAAAAAAAGAACUUUGAAAUCUUUAUUUUAAAAAAAGAAGAAAAUAAAUGGGUUUUCUUAUUAAAAAAAAGAUUAGUAGGUUUUAUUGUGGUUUGUAAAUUAUGUAUGACGUGAAUUAUGUAAGCGGCCCCUUCGAAGGAGGUGUGAUUGGCGGAGGCAACACAGAAGGGUCGAAUCUGUGGAGGCCAUUAACAAAGCAAUUGUAAAACAUUUGGCCUUUACAGAUUUGUACCAAUAGGGAAAAAAAAUCCAAUCAAAAUGAAGAAGAUUAGUUUACUCUUUCCUCUAUCUUUCUUGAGUCCAGCUUUAUGAUUCCCUAAAAAAGGUUUGCUUUGAUUUGUUUGGAUUCAAAUAUUUCUGAACCAUAUGAUUUUGGGAAGUACAUGUGAUGUUUAUCUAUCAUACAGCCAAAAGAUGGAUGAAUAUUCUCAUUUUUCCCCCUUAAAUUCUAAAGGAGAUGAAGGACCUAU